ACCACUCCCGGCGUGCCCCGGGGCGGCGCCGGCGCAGGGGCGCGUGCGCGGCGGCCGGCCGUUGGCUGGCAGGGCGGCUGCGCGGGUCGCCGGGCUGUGAGGUCUGCGGCCGCUGGCAAAUCGGGCCCAGGAUGUACAGCCGGCGGUGCCUGACGGCGCUUGUGACGCGGACUUGGGUGGCGUAGAGAGUAGGGGGCGGUAGUCGGGGGUGGUGGGAGAAGGAGGUGGCGGCGACGAAUCACUUAUAAAUGGCGCCCAAACAAGACCCGAAGCCUAAAUUUCAGGAGGGAGAACGGGUAUUGUGCUUUCAUGGGCCUCUUCUUUAUGAAGCAAAGUGUGUAAAGAUUGCUAUAAAGGACAAACAAGUGAAGUAUUUUAUACAUUACAGUGGUUGGAAUAAAAAAAGUGCUGGGAGGCCCAGGCGCUCUGAAAAAGCUUUGAAGACCCGUGAGGCUCUUGUAGCCCAUUUUCCUGUUGCUGAAGGAGCUCCCUCAGUACACCACCCCCUCCUGACCUCUAGUUGGGAUGAGUGGGUUCCAGAGAGCAGAGUGCUCAAGUAUGUGGACACCAAUCUGCAGAAGCAGCGGGAGCUUCAGAAAGCCAACCAGGAACAGUAUGCGGAGGGGAAGAUGAGAGGGGCUGCUCCAGGAAAGAAAACCUCUGGUCUGCAACAGAAAAAUGUCGAUGUGAAAACAAAGAAGAAUAAACAGAAAGCACCGGGGAAUGGAGAUGGUGGCAGCACCAGUGAGACUCCUCAGCCUCCUCGGAAGAAAAGGGCCCGCGUAGACCCUACCGUUGAAAAUGAAGAAACAUUCAUGAACAGAGUGGAAGUUAAAGUGAAGAUUCCUGAAGAGCUAAAACCGUGGCUUGUUGAUGACUGGGACUUAAUUACCAGACAAAAACAGCUCUUUUAUCUUCCUGCCAAGAAGAAUGUGGAUUCCAUUCUGGAGGAUUAUGCGAAUUAUAAGAAAUCCCGUGGAAACACAGAUAAUAAGGAAUAUGCUGUUAAUGAAGUUGUGGCAGGGAUAAAGGAGUAUUUCAAUGUCAUGCUGGGCACUCAGCUGCUGUACAAGUUCGAGAGGCCACAGUAUGCUGAAAUCCUUGCCGAUCACCCCGACGCACCCAUGUCCCAGGUGUAUGGGGCACCGCAUCUGCUGCGAUUAUUUGUACGAAUUGGAGCGAUGUUGGCCUAUACGCCUCUGGAUGAGAAGAGCCUUGCUUUAUUGCUGAAUUACCUUCAUGAUUUCCUGAAGUACCUGGCAAAGAAUUCUGCGACUUUGUUCAGUGCCAGUGACUAUGAAGUGGCUCCCCCCGAGUACCACCGGAAAGCCGUGUGAGAGGCUUGCUCAGUCACUCACCCACUCACUCACUUACUCACUAAUGUUUGCAUCUCUGUAAACACGUUUUUGUUCUAGUCCUCUUGUACAAAUGAUGUACUUUGAAGAUGUUAGUGUAUAACAGAAUUGAUGUUUGUUUUCUGUUUGAUUUUAAACAGAAAAAUUAAAAAGGGUUGCAGCUCCCUUUUUUUCUUUUCUUACUUUACUCAUUUCAAAGUUGCUACCAGUGUAUUCAGUGGUGGACAGCAGAGGGACGUGCUGUAGAGUAUUCUAUUGCCUAGUUGACAAAGCUGCUUUUGAAUGCUGGUGGUUCUCGUCCUUUGACACUACGCACUUUUAUAAUAUGUGUUAAUGCUCUAUGACAAGAUGCUCUGACUCCUAGUGCCAAAGGUUCAAUUCCGUGUAUAUAACUGAACACACGCAUCCAUUUAUGCUUUUCUCUCCUUCCCCCCCCUCCUUUUUCUCUUUUUUUAUGGUGCUUAAAGUAAAGAGCCCACCCUUGGCAAGUCAUCCAUGUUGUUCCUUAGGCAUUUUAUCUUUGCUCAAUUGUUGGAGAAUGGUGGCUUGUUUCAUGGUUUUGUAUUUGUGUCUAAUGCACGUUUUAACACAAUAGACGCAAUGCAUUGUGUAGUUACAGUUUUCUGGAAAAGUUGAUCUUUUAGGAAUUGUUUUUCAGAUCUUCAAUAAAUUUUUUCUUUAAAUUUCAA